CGGAAGUGGCGGCCAAAGCAAGAGGAAGGACUGUAGGAGCGGCGUCUGUGGCGGACCGGAAGUUAGAGUCUCGGGCAUGGAGAGAGAAAGAACCUGAAAAUGUCUGUGAAAAGAAAAGCGGAGGGAGCGGUGCCGGCGGAGGAGAGCGACCAGCUUCUGAUUAGACCCCUCGGUGCCGGACAGGAGGUCGGGAGGUCAUGUAUCAUUUUAGAAUUCAAAGGAAGAAAAAUCAUGCUGGACUGCGGGAUCCACCCCGGUCUGGAAGGAAUGGACGCUCUCCCAUACAUCGACUUGAUUGAUCCGGCAGAUAUUGAUCUUCUCCUGAUAAGUCACUUCCAUCUGGAUCAUUGUGGUGCCCUGCCAUGGUUCCUGCAGAAAACCAGCUUUAAAGGAAGGACGUUUAUGACCCACGCCACCAAGGCUAUUUACAGAUGGCUGCUGUCAGAUUAUGUAAAGGUUAGUAAUAUAUCAGCAGAUGAUAUGCUGUACACAGAAACCGAUCUGGAAGAAAGUAUGGACAAAAUCGAGACGAUCAACUUCCAUGAAGUGAAGGAGGUGGCAGGAAUCAAGUUUUGGUGUUACCACGCAGGGCAUGUUCUCGGAGCAGCCAUGUUUAUGAUAGAGAUAGCUGGCGUCAAGAUCCUUUACACCGGUGAUUUCUCCAGACAAGAAGACAGACAUCUGAUGGCCGCAGAGAUCCCAAACAUAAAACCCGACAUCCUUAUCAUCGAAUCCACUUAUGGUACUCAUAUACACGAGAAGAGGGAGGAGAGGGAAGCGCGUUUCUGUAAUACCGUCCAUGACAUCGUGAACAGAGGAGGAAGGGCCCUCAUCCCUGUGUUUGCUCUGGGAAGAGCACAGGAACUCCUCUUAAUUCUAGACGAGUACUGGCAGAAUCACCCGGAGCUUCAUGACAUUCCCAUAUACUAUGCUUCAUCCCUGGCCAAGAAGUGCAUGGCCGUGUACCAGACCUACGUGAAUGCCAUGAAUGACAAGAUCCGCAAACAGAUCAAUAUCAACAACCCCUUUGUGUUCAAACACAUCAGCAACCUUAAGAGCAUGGAUCAUUUUGAUGACAUUGGCCCAAGCGUGGUGAUGGCGUCCCCUGGUAUGAUGCAGAGCGGUCUGUCCAGGGAGCUUUUUGAGAGCUGGUGCACCGACAAAAGAAAUGGUGUGAUUAUAGCUGGCUACUGCGUGGAGGGAACACUUGCCAAACACAUUAUGUCAGAACCUGAAGAAAUCGCCACCAUGUCUGGCCAAAAACUACCACUGAAGAUGUCUGUGGAUUACAUCUCGUUCUCGGCGCAUACGGAUUACCAGCAAACCAGCGAGUUUAUCCGGGCCCUGAAACCUCCUCAUGUGAUAUUGGUGCACGGUGAGCAGAAUGAAAUGGCGCGGCUCAAAGCUGCUCUCAUCCGAGAGUACGAAGACAAUGAAGAAGUUGACAUAGAGGUCCACAAUCCUAGAAACACAGAAGCUGUGACGCUAAACUUCAGAGGAGAGAAGCUGGCCAAGGUAAUGGGUUGUCUUGCAGACAAGAAACCAGAACAGGGCCAAAGAAUUUCAGGAAUCCUCGUCAAGAGAAACUUUAACUAUCAUAUUCUUUCCCCAAGCGACCUUUCCAGUUACACAGAUCUCGCCAUGAGCACUGUGACGCAGACACAAGCCAUUCCAUACACUGGUCCUUUUAAUCUCUUGUCUUACCAGCUACAGCAAAUUACAGGAGAGGUGGAAGAAAUUGAAGUGAAUGAGAAAGAAGCCCUGCAGGUGUUCAAGGCCGUCACUGUGAUUAAGGAGCCCGGCAUGGUCAUGCUGGAGUGGGUUGCAAAUCCAUCAAACGACAUGUAUGCAGACACUGUGAUAACGGUGAUAUUGGAACUUCAAUCAAACCCCAAAAUACAGAAAGCUGCUGCUCACCAAGUCACAAAGCCUGUGGACAUGGAAAGUUACAGCAAAAAGCUGGAGAUAAUGCUACAGGAUAUUUUUGGUGAAGACUGUAUAAGCGCAAAGGAUGGAUCGACUAUUACAGUGACAGUUGAUGGGAAGACUGCUGUUCUUUCUUUGGAAACCAGGGUGGUGGAGUGUGAAGAAGGGAUCGAUGAAGACGAGACUCUGCGGGAACUGGUGCAGCUGGCAGCACAGAGACUUUAUGAUGCCCUCGGGCCGGCAAAUCUAUAAGCAAACUAAAAAAUAUAUAGUCACAGAGAUCAUCUAUGAACACGUUCUACAAUAUCGUCAAAGAACAUGCUGUACAAUAUAGUUCUGUUCCAUACACAAAAAAUCUGUUUUUGUUUUUUAAUAAUUAGUGGUCAUUGUAAUUCUUUUUCUGAUUUCAGUUAAGUUACUAAAAGAAAAUAAUUUAUCAAUAAACAUAUAAUGUUUUGGUAUAAUGUUUCCAAUUUCUGUUC